GAAGAAAACGAAGGUGGGCAAAAAAAAAAAAAAAAGCUGCGAGGCGGCGGAUGGACAAGAGGCGCAGCGACGACUACUGCGCGGCAGGCAGCGGGACGGACAGGAAGGAAGGAAGCCGUCCGGACCGCACAAGCGGACCUACAGGCGUUGUCCCGCCUGCUUUUUUUGUACAUUUUAUUAAUGCCGUUUUUAUUUGUGGUGAUGUUUUUUUUUCAUAGUGGCUUUCAGGCGAAAUGGACGGCACAACCUCGCCGCGCUUUCUUACACACGCCACGCUCCAACACAACAGUGCGAGGAGAAGGUGGAAGAAGCCGUGAUCACCCUGGAGAAUUUCCCCAUGUCCCAAACGAAACGCCGGCACCAAAGUGACGAGCGUGUCACGAGAAGGAGCAAAAAAAAAAAAAGAAUCGGGAAGUCUGGAAGUAGUGCGUGGGAGCUUUUGAUGCCUCGCCACACCUCAUCGGGGGACGGCAUCCGACCAUCUCCUGCUGCUCUUUCCUCGACUUCUUCCGCCGGACAACAAUCCCUUUACGCCACAGCGCAGACCUCGCGUCCACGCGUCGACGAAGCCAUAGCUGCUUAGACUCCGCUUCCGGGCCACCCCUCUUUCUUCUUCUUCUCUGUGCAACUGAUCAGCCCGGGACCCGUUCAUGUCUAGUGUGCUGGCAGAACCGUACCGCCGCAUUCGAACCAGGGCCAAGCCCUUCUUCGUUCUCUUCUGCUGGCCGGAGCUCAAUUCGGAGCAGAGACACUCCGCGCACAAGGGCCACCUCAGCACAUAGGCCCCCCUGUUCCCAAACCGCCACCUCUGGGGUUGUGUCGCAAGCCCCCCCACCCCUCCUCCUCUCGGGUUACGCCACCAGUGACCCCUCCCUCCCCGCCCUCCCUUGGCUGUCUAUCACGCGUUUGCCUUGAGGCUCAUUCAGCUGCUGGUCAUCCGCUUUUAUACGGCGGCUUGAAGCCUCGUCAACUUUUGCCGCCGCUCGCGUUACUUGAAGCGAGUCUUUGAAAAGUUUACAUGCAAACCUUCAAUGUUUACGCACUCCACCUCCUUUCAUCCAUUUUGCGCUCCAGCUAGGAUGAUGAAGAGUUUACAUUUUCGGCGGCGACAUGUUUGAACGCGUCGCCUAGCAACAAGCUGCGUUUACACAAGAACGCCUUGACGUUUACAUUCAGGCGCCAGAUGAAAAUUUUCAUGUUUGGGAAGCUUUUUUGACGUCAUCCUGCAACGGACCUUGGCUUUUGUUUUGUUGUUUAUAUGUCAUAACAACAUGACGAUGAAAGACACAAUUUCACCGGGGAUGUUUUGCUACUCCCUGGUGCUUUUUUCCUGCCUUGCUGUUUCCACGGUAACCACCGAUAACGAUGUCAGGAAGCCGCCGUCCGGCAACCCUGCCUCCUCAGCGUCCGGCAAACACGCCACCCUCUUCCUUCUCACCGGCUACGAGCCGCCGCUGAUGCUCAAGAAGGCGGAGGCGGAGGACGGCGACGACUGGCCGCCGUCCGUGGCCCAGCUGCCCCCCAAGCCCCUCCCCCAGACCAUGUUGCCCAGGAAUGUUACAGCCGACGCCCUCAAACCCCCGCUGGGCGCUGCCCAGGUGGCGCCGCCCCCCAGGCAGCUGGUGGACGUGGACGUGUGCAGGGGCUACUUCGACGUGAUGGGCCACUUCGACAGCACCUUCAACUGCUCCAAGGGAAGCUUCAUCUACUGCUGCGGCACGUGCCACUACCGCUUCUGCUGCGAGCACCAGCGCAACCGGCUGGACCAGGACUCCUGCACCAACUACAAGUCGCCCGACUGGGCCGACCCGCAGGUGCCCGUCACGCUGCCCGCCCACAUCAGACCCGACCCGGACUUUGAGACGCUCCAGCAGCAGAGCAGCAGCACGGCCUACGUGAUCGGUGGCGUGAUCUCCUUCACGCUGGUGGCGGCCGUGGGCGUGCGGCUCGCCUUUGCCAAGGUGGCACGGCGCCCACGGAACCGAGACGCCAACAUGCCAAGGUCGCUGGUGGACAUCCUGCGUCACCAGUCCAGUCCUGUGCAGCACGGCGAGAGGAACAACAUGCUGACCACCGCCGACGGACGUCCGCCCAAAAACCUGUACACGCCCAUCCUACAGAGCAAGGACAACCGCAAGCGAGGCGCCCGCAUGAACAACAUGAGCACGCCGCAGCUGUCGUCGGGGCCUAAACUCAUCGCAAGCAGCGGCAAAAGCCUGGGCGGGGGCCCAUUUGCGGGCAGCGGUGGUGGCAUGCGGCACAGCACCAGCCACGCGUCCUUCUCCCACUCCCUUCACAACCUGGCGCAGUCGCCGCCCUCCUACGAGGCCGCCGUCAAGCCGCAAAUCACCAGAUACAGCUCGCUCAAGAAGCUCGAGCGCGAGCUGGAGGAGUAUCCGGGUUACUCCUGGUCCAAGCGGCGUUCAACCAACGCACCGCCGUCCUUCUACUCGUCGCAGCACCAGCUCCCCUGGGCGGGCGACUAUACGGCGGGCUCGUCGCGCGGCACACUGCCGCUCGACGGCUCGCGUCCCCGCCCCUACGUGCCGCCCUCUACGCCCAACCCAUACCCGCUGCCCGUGCCGGCGCACUACGCUGGGGGAGGCAUCAACUUCGAGCGGCCGCCGCGCCGCGUGCGCUCGCAGGAUCAGCUGCUGGCGCUGUGCGAGGGCAACACCUUGUCCCGCCUCCUCAAGAACCAGCAGCAGCAGCAGCAGCAGCACUACUACAGAAACAUGAGGGGCGCCGACUCGCAGACGUUGCGCAGGUCCCACGAGCGACUCCUGAUGUCCCCCGACCGGCUGGAGGAUCAGCUGCUGGCCAUGGGCCUGAUGGUGGAACGCGGCGGCGGUGGCGGCGGCAUGGUGCCCACCAUGGGUCGCCUGAGUCACCACCACAAGGCGCAAUCGCAGCAGAACAUCUGCGCCACGCCAUCCAUGGAGCGCCACCACAUGGUCAAGAUGAACUCGCACCCCACGCCAGGCCACAAGCACGGCGGCUGGGAGGGCCACCCCACCGCCCGCCGCAGCGCCUUCGCCAACAUGCGGCAGAACACCGUCGAGCAGCUCCACUACAUCCCCGGGCUCGGCGGGGGACGCGUUCUGAGGACUGGCAGCAAGAACGAGGUCACCGUGUGAGGCCUGCACACAGCGCCGCGCUUCAAGCUUGUUUGGGCACCGACAUCGAGCAAAAACGAAGAGCGGAUUUACCUGGCGCUGGUUUGGCCAUCCACACUCGCAAAACGUAACAAGGAGAUCCGCACUCACACACACGCACGCACACAUACACACUCACGUAAACUGAAACUCACACACAGAUCGAUCCACACAGACACGCAAACGAGUAAUUGGCGAGAUAUGCAAGGUAGGUAAAAUCGUUUGGUCUCUAGAGGAGCCCCCAAAGUAAGAAAACAGGAUAGAACCGUGUUCCACGGUGUGAGAGCAAAUUGAGGACAAUGCGAAUGGAUGAUGGAGGAAAAGAAUUGAAGGAAGGCGCCGUUCUCCUUCGAUGGCUUGUAUCAAGAAAACAAAAAAAUCCCAAAGUAACCUCCUGUGACAAAAUCUAUCUGCGUUGUCUCUUUUGAAUUUACUUCGAACUGCAUUUUAUCGCGUCAAACUCAAGCUUUGACUUGUUUAGGGGAUGGAAAAAGUGCAUCCCCCCAUUCAUUUCACCGAACAAUGCUUUGAGAUACGAGCAUGGUCACAAAUUCAACUCCCAUCUCAAGGCGCCACUCUAUUUGGGUGUUUUUUUUGGUUUUUUUUUUUUCAAAGUUUGAUUUUAAUGCACCGAGUUCAGUGUCUGAAAUGUCCACACCCCUACUUGCAUAAUCGCUCCUCCUCUCAGUGGCACAACUGAAGAAAACAAUUAGCUUUUUUUUUUUUUUUUGUCAACUUGUCGGCCGCUUUGGAGCAGAGCCGGUGCGCCAACGCGUCUUCGACUGUAUUUCAAGGCCCACAACCUGCAAAAACGGAGAAAUCCGCCGUGUCGUCGUCGCCAGCAGCUUUUGGCAGCCAUCAUGUGGAAUGCCAACACUUUGGGAAGGGGGGCAUCAGAGCCACGGGCCGGACGGAUGCCUGGCCGGCGGCACACUUGAUGACACUAAGGGCUAUAAACACAAAACAAUUGAUGAGGUGUGUGUGCUGUGUGCGCCUGUCCUUUUCUCUUACUUUCUCGCUUUCAAGUGACUUAGGGCCGACGCAAUCAACGUUUGGAAUGGCGGAAAAAAGGGCCUUCAUGUCUGGUGGCGCUUUGGUGUUUGGGCAGUGCUUCCCAACCUGAGUGAGUGUUUCGUUGGUCGGCAUGUCACUGCACGCGAGAGCUGGCACAUUUGUCUUCCAUCCAAAAUAGAUGGAACUUUGUGACAUUGGAUCAUUUCACACCACACACCUGAGAAGCUACUGUGGUGGGGAGUCGCUGCAUUAAAUGGCAUUUGAGGUCCACGUGUCGGAGUUGAUGAUGAUGUCACAGCCAUGAUGUCGCUGUCAUGAUGUCCUGUGUGUGUGCGUGCAUGCAUACGUGUAACUCCUCCUUCGGAUGUUGAGCCUCAUACGAACUUUUCAGAGAGUGAAAACAGGUGAUCCGUCGCUGUCGUCAUUGACCAAAGCCACUUGAGCACUCGUCUUUGUCUUUUUUUCUUCUUCGGCGAGAAAACCUGAAAAGUCUUCUUGGUGUCAGGCUGACAUGGUGUGUGUGUGUGUGUGUGUGUGUGUGUGCGCGUGUGCAAAUUGUGGCCAUGUAAUCUUUGUAAAAUCCUCUGCAUACCUCAAAUUGGAAAGGACUUUUCAUAUAGGACAUCCUGUCCAAUGUUGAAGAAAGGCCUCACACUUUGUUUUCUUCUCACUUUGGGUUUGUACAAAUUACAAUGGUUGACAAUGACAAAUAAAUCCUUUGAAAGCUU